CAGGGCUUUUUCGACAUCCCCGUAGACAAUCUUUACGCCGAGCCGGCCGUUCUGAAGUGGAUCCGAGAAAAUAUAAACGAGUGGAAAAACUGCACCAUCGUUUCUCCUGAUGCUGGAGGAGCUAAGAGGUGUGGAGGGUAAGGGCCUGCUGUGUGUGCGUGUGUGAGUGUUCCUCUUCGUCACAGGUUUAAAACAAUUCAAAAGAUAUUUUGUUGGCCGUUAGCUAACAGCGUAUGGCUUAGAGACGCUGAUUUCUGUCUCGUCCCACACACACGCUAAAGAUAUCUAAACGCUAAAUUAUCCACUUACACGCACACGCAGGAUUCCGUCCACCUGAAGAGUGAAUAUGACGGAAAAAAACAUCAAGAUUUUCUCGUUUAUCUGAAGCGGAAACCUUUUUUAACCUCUCCUGACCAAUCAGAUGUCAGACGUCAGACUUAACUGCGAAUUAGUAAACGAUUUUUUUUUAUUAUGAUCACAUAAUCUAAAUAUUUCUUUAUUUCUCCCGGUUCUUUGCUGGAAACCGUAUGCAAUAUCGUUAACAUAGACGGAGGAAUCUGUCCCAUUCCAUUCAUAGGGGACGGAUAUUUUUAUUUAUUUAUUUAUUUAUUUAAAAGAGCAUUCACAUGGGACACUCUUGGAAAAUCCCACAAUUCCCGUCAGUGAAUGGGAAAUCCCAAAAACACGAGGAAUCACUCCAUCACUGCGCCUGUUAUAAAAUCAUUUUUCUUCUAAAAUGAGGUCAUCAUAACACCCUGAAACACAAUUAAAGGUUAAGAAGUUAAGGUGAAAAUAAGAUACAGGUACACGCCACACGCCGACUUGUUAAGGCUCGGUCAUAUUAAAGCGUCCAUCUGCAAGCUCUCCACUCUAACUAGACUAGCACGCUAGUGCACGCUUUAAUAUAACGCUUAAACAGCGGCUUGAAUCCCUUGUUAACCACUCUCACCUAGUGAGUUUGUGCAUCCAUUCUGCAGUGUGUUUGAGGUUUAUGAAGGUGUGUGUAGUGUGUGUAGUGUGUGUAGUGUGCAUUUUGACAUUUCUCUGCAUCACUAAAGUCGCUAAAAACGGAAUGACCUCAGGCUAAUUUUAGCAACAGCGUCAGUUUUCAGGGAACGUGUUUGCCUGAGCGUGGCAGUUUAAUAAGCGUGGUGUGAAUAAGGGCCAAUACGGAUACGACAAGACGUGCAGUAGGAACGUGUGUGUGUGUGUGUGUGUGUGCGUGUGUGUGUGCGUGUGUGUGUGUAGGGUGACCUCCAUAGCGGAUCGUCUGAACGUGGACUUCGCCCUGAUCCAUAAGGAGAGGAAGAAGGCGAACGAAGUGGACCGCAUGGUUCUGGUCGGGGAUGUCAAAGACAGAGUCGCCAUCUUAGUGGACGACAUGGCGGACACCUGCGGGACAAUCUGCCACGCCGCGGAGAAGUUAGUCUCUGCAGGUGCGACUAAAGUCUACGCCAUUCUGACACACGGGAUCUUCUCUGGACCUGCGAUCUCCCGCAUAAACAACGCCAACUUCGAGGCGGUGGUCGUGACGAACACUAUUCCUCAAGAGGACAAGAUCAAACAAUGUGACAAGAUCCAGGUGAUCGACAUCUCGAUGAUUCUGGCUGAAGCGAUCAGACGAACCCACAACGGAGAGUCGGUGUCCUACCUGUUCAGCCACGUACCUUUAUAACACACACACACACUCUUUACACACACACACACUCUUUACACACACAUACACUCGUAUACACUUCCUUGUCGGUAUUUAAAUAUAAAAACGAAUAUAUUAACCUAAGAAAUGAUAACUAUCUUCAUCACGCACUUGGAUUGUAAACGUGUCCCUCGUUCCCCGAGUAGACGUCUGGCUUUAUUAAAUAGUUUUACGAUGUUUUGUACCGACGUGUUUUGAUGGUACGUGAACAGAACUCUGGGUUUGCUCCAAAAUAACAAGCGUUAUUAUUAUUAUUAUUAUUAUUAUUAUUAUUAUACAUGACGGAAUUUAUGUAGCGCUGCCUGAAAACUCUCCCUAGCUAGGCAGCGUCAUUCUGAACAGAACACGCCCUUUAUCGCGACGUUAUUUUACAGUGUUGCGUAUUCACGCCUAAGCUGGAGUUGAAUGUCACUCAACGUCGCUCAUUUAACGCUCGUUUCGGAAAGAAUAUAAAUCGGGUGUGAAUCUGAUACAGUGUGUGUUACGCGUAUGUGAUCUGUAAAUUAUCAGUUUAUGGAUGAACGUUACAGACGUGCAAUGCAUCAUGACAUCGUUCAGUUCACUCUCAUCGUUUCGUUGCUUCCCAGGCUAACGUAGCUAACGUAGCUAUCUGAUUAAAAUAUAUUAAGAUUAAAAAUCUUUUUCUUACGUCGAAAUCUUUAAACACUCCUAAAAGCGCACUCCUUAUUCGCAACUGCGUAUUUAAGAAGAAAUUUAUUAUCAGUACCACGUCCUGUUUUCCUCUCGAGUUCCAGUUUGAAACUUUAGUAGGCGGAGCCUUAGUGGGCGGAGUUAUACCAUAAACGAAAUUCCAGUAUAGACCUAAACUACUGCUGCGUGACAUCGGAACUCGGAAUUACGUCAUUUUUCAUUUCCGAGCUACAAAGCGAGGGACAAAAACAUGGACGCCUUCACGAUGCUGACGUAUUUAGUUAGCUACAAGCUAGCCAGCUGACUUGUGACGAGUGACGCGUAUUGCUGCGUUUGACCAAACGUCGUAACUCGUAAUUUAUUUUUCCCAGGCGGAUUUGGGAAAUUUCCGAGCCGCGAGUUUUAGUCGAAUGAAGAACUGGAUUUGAAAAACUUGUUAACGUCGCUAUUUCCUCGUAGUAAAGAAGAAAAUUUGUGUGCGUUUAAGGGUUUCUUUUAGAAAUGUAGUUCUUAUGGCAGCUGUUUUUUUUUUUUUCCUUUCUUUUUUUUUUUUUUGUCAUGGCUACUGAAGAUUCAGGGUUUUUUUUUUUUUUUUUUUUUAAAGUGUGCACUAGAGAGACGAGUGCAGGGUCUAUUUUUGUAUGAAUAUAGUUUAGAUGUUAAAUGUUUUUACGCUGCUUGUGUUUUAUGUUUACACAACACUCGAAGGCGUAUCUGUUCGCAAGUGCCUUUUACUGCUGAUUACACACAUACACACACACACACACACACACACAUACACACAAUUGCAUGUUUCGUUCUCGGUUCUGAAAGUGGAGGAUGAACUGCACGUCUUCCUUCCAUCUACAGUUGUGUUAAUGCUGUGGGCGGAGCUUCAGUUAAUCAUGCUCCCUGCUCCACCAAUCAGAAUUCAGCAUGUAACUUUACCUGACUGCUAUACAAUAAAUCAUCUCAUGACUCCUGCAA